GCCGUUAAAAUCUAAAGAAGAAGAAGAAAAACACCUGGCGAUAUAAAUGGCUGUGUCCGUCUCCUGGUUCGGAUCGACACCUCAGUCAUUACCGGACCGUAUUCGCGUUUGGGUCCCGAGUCCUGACAAGAAGACUCCAUGGCUGCCCGAAAACAAGAAGAAGCUGAGAGCCUGAAGUAUCCUGAGGUCGGACACGUAGCGGCUCUGAUUCUGGCUAGAGGGGGAAGCAAAGGGAUUCCGCUGAAGAACAUCAAGCCGCUGGCCGGGAUUCCUCUGAUCGGCUGGGUGCUGAGAGCCGCCAUCGACUCGGAUGUGUUCGACAGUGUUUGGGUGUCAACAGACCACGAUGAGAUUAAAGAAGUUGCAAAAUCCUGGAAGGUCGAAGUCCACCCGAGGAGCGAAAAAGUCUCCAGCGACGACUCCACUUCCUUGGAGACAAUUCAGGAGUUUCUAGAGAAACACCCAGAGGUGACAGUGGUCUGUAACAUCCAGGCUACGUCUCCGUGUCUCCAUCCAUUUCACAUAAAGAAUGCCCUGAAGAAGAUCACAGAGGACAGAUACGACUCCGUCUUCUCCGUGGUCCGGAGAUACCAGUUUCGCUGGAAGGAGGUGAAGAAAGGAAGUGAUGAAUGCACUGAGCCGGAGAAUCUGAACCCGGCGAAGCGUCCACGGCGUCAGGACUGGAACGGAGAGCUGGUUGAGAAUGGUUCAUUUUACUUCGCCACCAGAGACCUCAUCAUGAAGGAAGGACGGCUGCAGGGCGGUCGGGUCGCCUACUUUGAGAUGGAGCCGGAGCACAGCGUGGACAUCGACGUGGACAUCGACUGGCCUGUGGCAGAGCAGAGAGUACUCAGGUACGGUUACUUUGGCGGGGGAGUGUCUCUGAUGUUCUGUGAAGUUUCCGGAUGUUUGACAGCUGGACGGGGCCACUUGUCUGGGUCCCCGGACAGGCCUGGAGUGUCCUUUCCUGGUGGCCCGUGUGACACUGAUUCUGGAAUGUCCUCUGGUUACGUGUCCGACUCUGAAGUGUCCUCUGCUAAGAGCAGAGACACAGAACUACUCAAUGUCUCCAUCCACAGCAGAGACAUAGAAGGACUUAGGAAGCUGCAGAAAGACGAUGUGGAGGUGGUGCUGCUGAUCUCUGAGGAAGAUGUGCUCCGACAGAUGCAUUAUAAACUGAUGACGGGCUGUGAAGCGAUGGUAGUCGGAGAGGAUCCACUAAAAGAUGUGCAGUCGAUGGUGGAGAAGAAGAAGCUGGACUGGAACGAUGUGGCCUACAUGGGCUGUGACGCAGCGUCCGAAAGCUGUCUGCGGCUGGCGGGCCUGAGCGCGGCGCCGGCGUACGCCCAGCCUGAAGCCAUCAGAGCCGGCAAGUUUACCUGCAAGCAUGGCGGCGGGGCGGGCGCUGUGCGGGACUUCGCCGAACACGUCCUGCUCCAGAAUCAGCAGGCCAGGCUCCAGAAGCAGAAGGCUGUGGGCGCAGUCACCACGGCUUUAAAAUAAAACACAAUGAGAAUCAAGCUAUAAAUUACUGAAUAAAAAGACAGAUUUCUGAAGUUCUUCCACUAAUUCAUAACAUCUCAUUGUGUUUGUUGUACAUUCGGCUCAUAAACUCUUACAGAUAGCACUGAUUAUGUUUCUGGCGCUUUGCUGCUUUUACUCUGUCCUGAUGAUCGAUCUGAUUUGUUCACCCACAUGACCUGGACAUAACAUGGUUUUGUACCAAAUUGCAGUUGUUGAUGUCUGUCUGCUCUGAUAUUACUGUAACAAUAUAUGAUAUAGAUGAAUAAAUACAUCUAUAUUUAUUCAUGUAUAUCACUAUUAUAACACUGACAGGAAAAUUAAAUGUUUGUCAUGGAGUAGCUGUUCAGAGCAAUAAACUGACUAUCAAUAAAAGAUUAAAUGAGAAUA